GGGGAGCUGGCCCAGGGGGAGCGGCUGGUGCUGCCACUGGCAUCCCUAGGCAUCCGGGUCUGCAAUAAAGUCUGGCAGCCACUGCAGGGCUGAGCGACAACCAGUGGCUGGGAGUCCCGCUCUGUGGCUGAGGAAAGCACGUGUCUGCAUUUAGAGAAUGCAAAAUAGAGAAUGUUUACCUGCCAGUCAUUACACCUGCCCAUGAGUCUCUGAGAAUAUAAUGUCCAUCCGUACCUCUUCUCACAAGGAGUUUUCUCAGCUGCGACCCUCUGAAGACAUGGAGAUCAAAAACUCACCGUCGAGCCUUAAUUCCCCUGCUUCCUAUAACUGUAGCCAGUCCAUCCUACCCCUGGAGCACGGCCCCAUCUACAUCCCUUCCUCCUAUGUAGACAACCGCCAUGAGUAUUCAGCUAUGACAUUCUACAGUCCUGCUGUGAUGAACUACAGUGUUCCCGGCAGCACCAGUAACCUGGACGGUGGGCCUGUCCGACAGAGCACAAGCCCAAACGUGCUCUGGCCAACUUCUGGGCACCUGUCUCCUUUAGCGACCCAUUGCCAAUCAUCGCUCCUCUAUGCGGAACCUCAAAAGAGUCCUUGGUGUGAAGCAAGAUCACUAGAGCACACCUUACCUGUAAACAGAGAGACACUGAAGAGGAAGCUUAGUGGGAGCAGUUGUGCCAGCCCUGUUACUAGUCCAAACGCAAAGAGGGAUGCUCACUUCUGUGCCGUCUGCAGCGAUUAUGCAUCUGGGUAUCAUUACGGCGUCUGGUCAUGUGAAGGAUGUAAGGCCUUUUUUAAAAGAAGCAUUCAAGGACAUAAUGAUUAUAUCUGUCCAGCCACGAAUCAGUGUACCAUAGACAAGAACCGGCGUAAAAGCUGCCAGGCCUGCCGACUUCGCAAGUGUUACGAAGUAGGAAUGGUCAAGUGUGGAUCCAGGAGAGAGAGGUGUGGGUACCGUAUAGUGCGGAGGCAGAGAAGUUCUGGCGAGCAGGUGCACUGCCUGAGCAAAGCCAAGAGAAACGGUGGGCAUGCACCCCGGGUGAAGGAGCUACUGAUGAGCACCUUGAGUCCAGAGCAACUGGUGCUCACUCUCCUGGAAGCCGAACCACCCAAUGUGCUGGUGAGCCGUCCCAGCAUGCCCUUCACCGAGGCCUCCAUGAUGAUGUCCCUCACUAAGCUGGCGGACAAGGAACUGGUGCACAUGAUUGGCUGGGCCAAGAAAAUCCCUGGCUUUGUGGAGCUCAGCCUGUUGGACCAAGUCCGGCUCUUAGAAAGCUGCUGGAUGGAGGUGCUAAUGGUGGGACUGAUGUGGCGCUCCAUCGACCACCCCGGCAAGCUCAUCUUCGCUCCCGACCUCGUUCUGGACAGGGAUGAGGGGAAGUGCGUAGAAGGGAUUCUGGAAAUCUUUGACAUGCUCCUGGCGACGACGUCAAGGUUCCGUGAGUUAAAACUCCAGCACAAGGAGUAUCUCUGUGUGAAGGCCAUGAUCCUCCUCAACUCCAGUAUGUACCCCCUGGCUACUGCAAACCAGGAGGCAGAAAGUAGCCGGAAGCUGACACACCUACUGAAUGCAGUGACAGAUGCCCUGGUCUGGGUGAUUGCGAAGAGUGGUAUCUCCUCCCAGCAGCAGUCAGUCCGACUGGCCAACCUCCUGAUGCUUCUUUCUCACGUCAGGCACAUCAGUAACAAGGGCAUGGAGCAUCUGCUCAGCAUGAAGUGCAAAAAUGUGGUCCCGGUGUAUGACCUGCUGCUGGAGAUGCUGAAUGCUCACACGCUUCGAGGGUACAAGUCCUCAAUCUCGGGGUCUGAGUGCAGCUCAACAGAGGACAGUAAGAACAAAGAGAGCUCCCAGAACCUACAGUCUCAGUGAUGGCCAGGCCUGAGGCGGACAGACUCCAGAGACGGUCGAAAGUGGAACAUGUACCCUAGCAUCUGGGGGUUCCUCUUAAGGCUGCCUUGGUUACGCACCCCUUACCCACACUGCACUUCCCAGGAGUCAGGGUGGUUGUGUGGCGGUGUUCCUCGUACCAGGAUGUACCACCGAAUGCCAAGUUCUGACUUGUAUAGCCUUGAAGGCUUUCGGUGUACGUACUUCCCGUCUCCUUGCCCACUUGGAAACAUCUGAAAGGUUCUGGAACUAAAGGUCAAAGUCUGAUUUGGAAGGAUUGUCUUUAGUCCUAUGGCAUGUGACACAGCUAUAAGAAAUGGACCGUAGGACUGUGUGGCCAUAAAAUCAACCUUUGGAUGGCAUCUUCUAGACCACUUGAUUGUAGGAUUGAAAACCACAUUGACAAUCAGCUCAUUUCGCAUUCCUGCCUCACGGGUCUGUGAGGACUCAUUAAUGUCAUGGGUUAUUCUAUCAAAGACCAGAAAGAUAAUGCAAGCUUAGAUGUACCUUGUUCCUCCUCCCAGACCCUUGGGUUACUUCCUUAGAGCCUGCUUAUUUGGUCUGUCUGAAUGUGGUCAUUGUCAUGGGUUAAGAUUUAAAUCUCUUUGUAAUAUUGGCUUCCUUGAGGCUAUGUCAGUGUUUCUCUCUCUCUCUCUCU